CCCCGCGUGACAUGACGGCGAGCGGCGAUUGGCUGGCAGAGCCAGGCCUCUGACUUCCGGGAUCGGACUGGGGGGCAGGUGUGGUGGUGGUGGUUGUCCCCGGGAGGAGAAGAUCGGGACAGAGCGGGGACCGGAGGAGUACGGGAGAGGUCAUGUCUGCUCUCCUCCGAUCAUCACAGUGGAAUUCUCUGAUUGGCUGAUGGAUGUCGGUGGAAGGAUCCCUGAGGAGGUGUGACGGCGUCAAUCCGGCAUCAUGGAGGACAAGCGAAACAUCCAGAUCAUCGAGUGGGAGCACCUGGACAAGAAGAAGUUCUAUGUCUUCGGGGUCUGCAUGACGAUGAUGAUCAGGGUCAGCGUCUACCCGUUCACGCUCAUCCGGACGCGGCUCCAGGUGCAGAAGGGGAAGAGCCUCUACAACGGGACGUUUGACGCCUUCGUGAAGAUCGUGAGGUCGGAGGGGGCCGCCGGCCUGUACCGGGGCUUCCUGGUCAACACCUUCACCCUGAUCUCCGGCCAGUGCUACGUCACCACCUACGAACUCACCCGCAAGUACGUGUCGGGCUACAGCAGCAGCAACACGGUCAAGUCUCUGGUGGCGGGAGGAUCGGCGUCUCUGGUGGCGCAGAGCAUCACCGUGCCUAUCGACGUGAUCUCCCAGCACCUCAUGAUGCAGCGGCACGGGGAGAGCCUGGGCCGCUUCCGCAUCAGCAGCGCCGACAGGAAGCAGACGAUCAUGUUCGGCCAGACCAGGGAGAUCAUCAUGCAGAUCUUCAGGGCGGACGGGCCCAAGGGGUUUUAUCGGGGUUACGUGGCUUCGCUGAUGACCUACAUCCCCAACAGUGCCGUGUGGUGGCCUUUCUACCACUUCUAUGCAGAACAAUUAUCAAGCCUGUCGCCUAAAGACUGUCCUCACCUACUGCUUCAAGCCAUCUCCGCGCCCAUGGCUGCAGCUACAGCGGCCACCAUCACCAAUCCCAUGGAUGUCAUAAGGGCCAGAGUGCAGGUUGAGGGAAAAAGCUCAAUCAUCAACACCUUCAAGCAGCUGAUGGCGGAGGAAGGACCCUGGGGCCUGACCAAAGGCCUUUCCGCCCGGAUCAUCUCCUCCACCCCCUCUACCAUGGUCAUAGUGGUGGGCUACGAGACUCUGAAGAAACUGAGCCUCAGACCCGAGAUGGUAGAUUCAAGACACUGGUGACAGUACGUAGACUCGGAGAUGAUCCCGCAGAGAGACGGGGGGGCGACACGCUCGGGCCACAACCGCGCUGGUGGACGGCCCCUGCAAAGACAGUCCAAAUUCCACUGGAUCGUACACAAUCGCGUGUGUGUGUGUGUGUGUAUAUAUUUGUGUGUCUGUGCACAAAGAGAGAAAAUACGGAGAGACUGUAUAUGUGUAUAUCGUACAAUAAGUGCGAUCGGAACUUCGGUUUUAUUGGGGGUUAAAAAACGAAAACCACUGCUGCUGGGCUAUCCCAAGGGGUGGACACGGAGGGAUUUGGCCACCCUGCAUUCUUGGCGUCAAACGGCGCCCCCUGUUGCAUUUUUAUUUUUAAAUCUGUGUUUGUGACCAUUUUUUCCAGUGCCCACCCAUCGUAUUCUGGUCCGCUGUGGCACCACCUUGGCCCAAUUAAUUUUUUUUUUUUAUUCUUUAUUUAACAUAAAUGGUGUUUGUAUUUUUA